CACCAAAGCAAUCUACGAUGGCUACGAAUAUCAAGGAAGGAGACUACGAGUGUAUUUCGACAAGUUCACUUCAACUGCGCCAGGAUUACCUCAAGUGCAAGCCGUACCGAAGCUACGUACACGGUUACAUGAUCCAAUGCGCUUGCAUUCGCCUCCAUUUUCAUCGCGUAUGUCUUAUCCACCAAUGCCUGUACCUCCAGUAGCAGGAAUGCAGAUGUACCAAUCACCUCCGCAUCCCAGCAAUGUGCGACCGUAUUUCCCGACAUACACGGCCGUCAGCGAGAUGAUCAUUCCUACGCACAUGGCAUUUGCUAAUCCUACGAUGCAUGAGAGUCAGGGAAUGAUGGAUUCGACCUUAUAUACCAUGAAUCCAAUGGAGCAACCACAGCAUUUUACUUCUAUGCUCACUGACCCAUCCAUCCAUUUUGUAUCAGGCGCUACUGGUUUGUCUGAUGGACCUUCGACUCUCGGGAUGUUAGACACCGAAACUUCAGGAUUUUCGUCUUACCAUGGCGCUGCACAUAUGCAUAUGGAUUCGGCGGCGUGGAACGACGAUCAGCAACAUUCUCUAAUGUAUAGACAGCAUCCACAUAGAACGCAACAAACAGAGUAUUCUUGGCUUCAACCGCCAAUGUCACACUCCUUUCAGCAGGAACCGUUCUUGCCAAACUCGCACACAGAGUAUAUAAGCAACCAAAAACAGCUUUAUGGUAACUCUGCUCAUGAUGUUGAAACGAUAAACGCCUUGACAGGAUCCAUGUCUGCAUUACGAUUUGAGGGUACAGCUGGACUGCCCCAAAACGAUGCAUAUGAUACUCCUACAGAAAAUAUUAGUGCAAAGGUCGCGGCUUCUGGAAGAGGCGGUAUUGUAAUAAGCGAUACCGUUUGGGAUCGUCAAGAAGUGCCUUGGGAUACACCGUUAGCAGAUUCAUACAAAUUGUAAGAGUUCGUUAAUUUGUAUUGCAAUAAGCUCAAGCUGUCGUUUCUAUUCAAUUUGUUACAUGAUUACA